GUGAGGAUGCUGAGCCUGUGGGUACCACUUUAAACAGAAGGAUGCUGACCACGCCCUGCCUCGAACCACCGAUAGAUAGCGCUGUGGCGACUGAAGCAGGCCGAGCAGCUUCAGCUUUACCUCACUGCCCUUCCAGCUUCAAGCUCACCUUCAACUGGCUAGGCUCACAUCCGCACCCGAAAACAGAAAAGAAAAACACGCAGGACAGAACGGUAGCGUCAAAUCGACCAAGAGGAGAAAUCGAGCAUCACCAUUGUCCGUUGUUUUAAUGAUGUAGGGCAUCGUUUUGCGAUUUGACAUUUAAUUUAGCCUGCCCGCCUGACUGCGACACGGAAACAUCGUCCAGCUGCGCGUAAAAAACCUGUCCACGGCCGUCAGAGUCUUCUCGAAGAAGGUCGAAGGCUCUGCGCAUCCAGCGUCGUUUAUUUUGACGGUCAGAUUAGGACCCGAUCAGUGUCCGAUUGCCUUCAGCCUCAGCAGCAUCUUUCCUCCCAGCAGAAGUCAGAAGCAUCCUUCCUCCUCCUUGAAUCUCCGCAAUGGCCGAUGUCCCAGCUGAGUGCAAUAUAAAAGUGCUGUGUCGUUUUCGUCCUCUCAACCAGUCGGAGAUUUUACGCGGGGACCAGUAUCUCCCCAUAUUCCAAGGAGACGACACUGUCAUCAUUGGGGGGAAGCCGUACAUAUUUGACCGAGUGUUUCCAACCAACACCACCCAGGAGCAGGUGUACAACACCUGCGCCAAGCAAAUUGUCAAAGAUGUACUGUGUGGAUACAAUGGCACUAUCUUCGCAUAUGGACAAACCUCCUCCGGGAAGACUCACACCAUGGAGGGCAAGUUGCACGACCCUCACCAGAUGGGGAUCAUUCCUCGCAUCGCUGAGGACAUUUUCAACCACAUCUUUGCCAUGGAUGAAAACCUUGAAUUCCACAUCAAGGUUUCCUACUUUGAAAUCUACAUGGACAAAAUCCGUGACCUGCUGGAUGUGACAAAGACCAAUCUGUCUGUCCAUGAAGAUAAGAAUAGGGUGCCUUAUGUCAAGGGAUGCACUGAGCGUUUUGUUUCCAGCCCCGAUGAGGUUAUGGAUGUGAUUGAUGAGGGCAAAGCUAACCGCCAUGUUGCUGUGACCAACAUGAAUGAGCACAGCUCUCGUAGCCAUAGCAUCUUCCUGAUCAACAUCAAGCAAGAGCACGUGGAGACUGGGCAGAAGCUGUGUGGAAAACUCUACCUGGUGGACCUGGCUGGUAGUGAGAAGGUCAGUAAGACUGGAGCUGCAGGAGCUGUUCUGGAUGAGGCUAAAAACAUCAACAAAUCUCUUUCCGCUCUGGGAAAUGUCAUCUCUGCCUUGGCUGAGGGCACGAAAAGUCACGUGCCAUAUCGUGACAGCAAAAUGACCCGCAUUCUGCAGGACUCCCUCGGCGGGAACUGUCGCACCACCAUGUUCAUCUGCUGCUCUCCCUCUAGCUACAACGACACUGAGACCAAGUCAACCCUGAUGUUUGGACAACGGUAGCUCUCUACCAUAAAGAAGAAUUUAACUAAUUUUGAAAUUUUAACUCAGAAAACAGUAAGAAAACCACAAAAUAAGUUUUACAAGACGCUGAAGGAUACCAUCCAGAGGCUGGAGGCUGAGCUCAGCCGUUGGAGAAAUGGAGAGGACGUGCCUGAGACGGAGCAGACUAACUCAGAAGUGGUGACCCGUUUUGAGCCCGUGGAGGAGCGCCCCAUUUUGGAUAAUGACACCUCCUCCAUUGUGGUUCGCAUUUCUGAGGAGGAGCGUCAGAAGUACGAGGAGGAGAUCCGCAAGCUGUACAAGCAGCUGGAUGACAAGGAUGAUGAAAUCAACCUGCAGUGUCAGCUGGUGGAGAAACUGAAGCAGCAGAUGCUAGACCAGGAUGAGCUCCUGGCAUCAUCCCGCGGUGAUGGGGACAAGGUCCAGGCUGAGCUCGGCAGGCUGCAGGUGGAGAGUGACUGCGCCAAGGCUGAGGUGAAGGAGGUGCUGCAGGCUCUGGAGGAGCUGGCCAUCAACUAUGACCAGAAGAGUCAGGAGGUGGAAGAGAAAGGCCUACAGAACCAGCUGCUGGCCGACCAGUUGGCCCAGAAAAUGGCCAGUCUGAUGGAGCUGGAGGCAGAGCUGUCUCGUAUGCAGGAAGUGAGUGGUCAGCAGAGGAAACGCAUUGCUGAUGUCCUGAAUGGUCUGAUGAGGGACCUCAGUGAGUUCAGCACCAUCGUGGGCAAUGGGGAGAUCAAGCUGGUGAGUCUAAUCACAGAAUUAGGGUGCUAGAGUUUUUAUUUAAUUUUGUUAUAAAAUACAUGUAUAGAUAGAUUAUCGUUGCUGUCGGGCGGAAACCUUGUAUCUCCAGAAAUGCUACUUUUCAGAAAAUGAAAAAACCUGUAUACCUAAAACAAUUCAACAUCACGUUGUUAAAUUUGGUAUUGUGUUUUUAUAUAUGGUCACUUACCUGCAUGUGUCAUUAUAUUAACAUUUCCCUCAGUCAAAUGAGGUCAUGAGGUUAUGAGGU